GCUUUGUGCUCAUCCCAGUUUUAGUGGGCUUAUUUGCUUUUUGGUGGAACUCUUCCCCUAUAUAAGCAUAGAGAGCGAGAGCGAGAGAGAGCGAAAGCGAGAGAGAGCGAGAAUCAAUUUCAGAGGUCAGAUACGAAUCGAUGGCGAUGGAGAUCGAUCAGAGUAAGAAGGAUGACGAGUUCAAUGCGGCGGCGAGGGGGGAUGGAUCGCCGGAGGAGACAUCUGUCGAGAGGAUUUUCGAGGCGAGCGGGGAGGCUCCUCCGCCGUGGCACCACCAGUUGACGAUACGUGCUAUGGUCGUGAGUUUCGUACUCUCGAUCCUCUUCACGUUCGUGGUGAUGAAGCUGAAUCUCACCACCGGAAUCAUCCCGUCGCUCAACAUCUCCGCCGGUCUCCUCGGUUUCUUCUUCGUCAAGACGUGGACGAAGCUUCUCCACAAGGCUGGGUUCCUCAAACAGCCCUUCACCAGGCAGGAGAACACCGUGAUUCAGACCUGCGUCGUCGCUUCCUCCGGCAUCGCCUUCAGCGGUGGCUUUGGAAGUUACCUAUUCGGAAUGAGUGACAUUGUUGCCAAACAGUCAGCAGAAGCCAAUUCUGUAAUGAACAUAAAGAACCCGCAGUUGGGAUGGAUGAUUGGGUUUCUCUUCGUUGUUAGCUUUCUUGGUCUUUUCUCGGUUGUCCCUCUCCGAAAGAUCAUGAUUGUUGACUUCAAGUUGAUAUAUCCAAGUGGUACAGCUACUGCUCAUCUCAUCAACAGCUUCCACACCCCUCAAGGUGCAAAGUUAGCAAAGAAACAAGUCAGAGCGUUGGGGAAGUUCUUCUCUUUCAGUUUCUUGUGGGGUUUCUUCCAGUGGUUCUUCACUGCUGGUGAUGACUGUGGUUUUGCAUCCUUCCCCACGUUUGGUCUCGAAGCUUAUGCAAACAAGUUCUACUUUGAUUUCUCGGCUACUUAUGUUGGUGUCGGGAUGAUUUGCCCGUAUUUGAUCAACGUAUCUCUUCUCGUGGGAUCGAUCCUCUCGUGGGGUGUUAUGUGGCCUUUGAUAGGUGCCCAGAAAGGGAAAUGGUAUUCUGCUGAUAUCUCUUCAAGUAGUCUCCAUGGGCUUCAAGGUUACAAGGUCUUUAUAGCCAUUGCUAUGAUCCUCGGUGACGGUCUCUACAACUUCGUCAAGGUCCUCGGCCGCACUAUUUUCGGUCUAUACAAGCAGUUCCAGAACAGAGAUGUCCUUCCAGUCAAUGACCGAUCUCCCUCUUUCGCCGUAGUUUCUUAUGACGACAAGCGAAGAACCGAGCUCUUCCUCAAGGAUGGGAUCCCGGCAUGGUUCGCAGUCUGCGGGUACAUAAUCUUGGCCGUGAUCUCCAUCUUUGCUCUUCCCCAUAUCUUCCCACAGCUCAGAUGGUACCACAUCCUCGUGAUGUACGUGAUUGCCCCGGUCCUAGCCUUUUGCAACGCUUACGGGUGCGGACUCACUGAUUGGUCACUAGCCUCUACCUAUGGAAAACUCGCGAUUUUCACCAUUGGAGCGUGGGCUGGUGCCUCCCACGGAGGGGUUCUAGCUGGACUCGCUGCCUGCGGUGUUAUGAUGAACAUUGUCUCCACAGCUUCUGACCUGAUGCAGGACUUCAAGACAGGUUACAUGACACUGGCUUCUCCGAGAUCGAUGUUCAUCAGUCAAUUCAUCGGAACAGCGAUGGGAUGUGUGAUCUCGCCUUGCGUCUUCUGGCUCUUCUACAACGCAUUCGGCGAUUUCGGACAGUCCGGAUCAUCCUACCCGGCUCCAUACGCGCUCGUAUACAGAAACAUGUCCAUACUCGGAGUCGAAGGCUUCUCGGCUUUGCCCAAACACUGCCUCAUGCUAUGCUACGUUUUCUUCGCGGCAGCGGUCAUCGUUAACGGGGUAAGAGACGCGGUUGGGCCGAAAUGGGCUCGGUUUAUACCUCUCCCGAUGGCGAUGGCGAUUCCUUUCUACAUCGGAGGGUACUUUACCAUCGACAUGUGCGUUGGAAGCCUCAUACUGUUCGUAUGGAGGAAGCUGAACAAGCCGAAGGCGGAUGCGUUCGGCCCGGCCGUGGCGUCGGGUUUGAUAUGCGGAGAAGGCAUCUGGACGUUGCCCAGCUCGGUUCUGGCACUGGCAGGCGUCAAGCCUCCGAUCUGCAUGAAGUUCUUGUCGAGCUCUACCAACACAAAGGUCGAUUCAUUCCUCAGCUCUUAAGAUAUAGCUUUUGCCGGUUCGUCUGUUUUUUUUUUUAGGUUUUGGUGUGAUUUUCUUCUGGUUUUAAUCCUUUAUUCUCGUCUGUCUACGUCGUCGUUUAAUUUGUUUAGUCUUUUUUUCUUCCACUCUAAGGUUUUCUACUCUAAUAUGUAAAAAAAAGGGGGAUUAUAAAAAAAUCGAAUUGUUCA